CUCUCUCUCGUGUUAUCUGCAUAUAUGACUCUGGUCUAGCUCUCAGCUUCACCGCUAGCUUAAUUAAACAAACCACUCUCUCUCUCUCUCUCUCCCUCUCUCAGCCAUGGUUUCUACAGAUGCAGCUCGCACAGCAGUUGGAAUUCUAGGGAACGUAAUUUCAAUCAUGCUGUUCAUGUCACCAGUGCCGACGUUUGUUAAAAUAUGGAAGAAAGGAGGAGUGGAGCAGUACUCGGCGGCGCCAUACUUGGCCACACUGGUGAACUGCUGCCUGUGGGUGUUGUACGGGCUGCCGAUGGUGCAGCCACACAGCUUGCUGGUGGUCACCAUCAACGGCUCAGGCACCGUCAUCGAGCUUGUCUAUCUGCUCCUCUUUCUCCGAUUCUCCGACGCACGGAAGAGGCUCAGAGUGCUGGCCAUAAUGCUUAUUGAGCUCGUAUUCGUGGCCGCUCUGGCCCUUUCCGUUCUCACCCUCGCCCACACUACCAAGCUCCGUUCUACCAUCGUCGGAAGUAUUGCCAUUGUCGGCAAUAUCAUGAUGUAUGCUUCGCCUUUGUCGGUCAUGAGAAUGGUGAUUAAGACGAAGAGUGUGGAGUAUAUGCCAUUAUCCCUUUCGCUGGCUUCCUUUGGCAAUGGCGUUUGCUGGACUAUUUAUGCCCUCAUCCGCUUUGACCCUUUCAUAGCUGCGCCUAAUGGUCUGGGCUCUUUGCUUGGGCUGGCCCAGCUUGCACUCUACUGGACGUUCUACAAAUCAACCAAGAGACAGAUGCUGGAAAACCAAGGCAAAGUGGAGAUGGGCUUUGGGACAGAAACCACCCUCUCUGGAAAGCCCAAAAAGGUUACAAAUGGCAUGGCUCAGAAUGUUGGUGUCCCUGAUGUCUAGUCUAGUCUAGGCCCACCCUCCUCACCCAGUUUCUAUCAUCAAUAAUAUCCUUCUUUUCCUCCCACUGUGACAUUUUCAGAGUUUUCCUAAUCAAAUUUUGUCAUCUUCUUUUUUGGACUUCAGAUUAGAUUAAACGAGAAAGC